AACACUUCGAGAGACGUCAACACACAUCAAAAAUAUUUCGAGAUCAAUACGAAAACUGUUUACAUCUGGUGGAACAAAUUGAGCCCGAUCUUAGGGAUUGUCCCGUGAUACCAUUGUCCAGAUCCUGAACAAGGAUAACGAUGGACCGAAGCAGGCGUCUGUCGAGCGAAAGUUCUUCCUCCGAACCGAUUGCACCGAUCAACUUUGCCACCGAUAAGUUUCCGUGUUGUAUCGUAUGGACACCGAUUCCGGUGCUGACAUGGUUCUUCCCGUUCAUUGGCCAUAUGGGCAUUGCCAUGUCCAAUGGGGUGAUACGUGACUUUGCCGGGCCGUACUUUGUGUCCGAGGACAACAUGGGUUUCGGGCGACCGACCCGAUACCUCCAGCUGGAUCCGGGAUUUGUGAACGGAGGAAUAGUGGAAUGGGACGAGUGCGUCUCGAAGGCAUCGGUGGUCUACGGAACGCGCAUGCAUAAUCUGUUCUGCGACAAUUGCCACUCGCACGUCGGCAUGGCCCUCUCGUUGAUGAAGUACAAGCAGUAUACCAACUGGAACAUGGUGGUGUUGGCGUUCUGGAUGUUCUUCGCUGGAAAGUACGUCGGCAUCAAGGGUCUGCUUAAGACAUGGACCCCGUUUUUGGUGGUUCUGGUCACUUGUACGCUGGUGGCCGUCUAUCUGAAAUAGACUCCCAGUCGAGACUGACAUUCAACAGGUCGCGCUACAGGAUAAAAGGCGUUCCAGCUAUGGCUAUUCUCCGAGCGGCGAAUUUACGCUAUCCAUAACUGAAUGUGAAGUAUGAAAACAUAUGUAUUUAUUUUUAAUUUAUGUACUAAUUAUUAAAUAGCUAUACUAAUACAGA